AUUCUCUACUUCACUCAGCUUCUUCACAUCACUCCAUCAUCACUUCCCCACAAUGCAAACUCUCCUCCUGCCGGGCGUUCACUCCUCGGCGGCAACAACAACAACCGCAGCAUUUAUUUCUCCGGCGCCACCUCUCCACCGCCACCGCUCAACACAUCAAACCCCAAUUUUCAGUACUCCAAAUUAUUCAUUAAAACUAACACAAUCACUCUCAUUACCAUCAUUAGGUCACAAUUAUGACCCGCUUAAAGCUCCAAGCUUCAAACUUAACUCACCCACUAAAACAAACGCUUAUUCAGCUCCGAUUUCAGCAUCAAACGACGACGUAGAGAAAGCAAAGCUAGCCCAGGUAGCGAAGAGAUUGGGAAGUACAGCGAGGUACUUUAAGAGAUUAGGGAAUUUAGGGUUUUGGGGGCAGUUAAUUUGCACUGUUGUGGCUGCUGUGAUAUUGUCGUUUUCGAUUGUGGUUACCGGAAAGAUCACGUCUCCUGCCACUUUUUAUUCAACUUCUGCUGGCAUUGCUGCUGCUUUCAUUUCGGUUUUUUGGUCUUUUGGGUAUAUUCGGCUUUCUGAUAAACUCAAGAAAACUGCAAAUGACCCUUCUAAGGCACCGCCACGUGCUGAUGUUGUGAAAGGCUUAAAAAAUGGCAUAGUACUGAAUCUAUUGGGUAUGGGCGCUGCUAUUCUUGGCAUGCAAGCGACAGUGGGACUGUUGGUUGCAAAGGCUCUAACUUCCUCUGCAAAUCCUUUUUACCAGGGCGUUUCUCCCGGUUACAGUCCAGUUCUUGCUUUGGAUGUUUUCUUGGUUCAGGCAUCUGCAAACACCAUCCUUUCACAUUUCAUCGGGCUUGUUUCCUCCUUGGAGCUGUUGCGCUCAGUGACAUUACCCGCUACUGAAAGUAUUCCAGUCCCCAGAGUUGCAUAGAAUCUCUCCAUCCUUUGUAUCAGGUGAAAAUAUGACUUUGUAGCCAAAAUUUUAAACCAUUUGAUGCUCGUUUCUAGUUUAGUUAUCUUGUAAAGCAUCAUCCCCGGUGAAAUAUGAUUGAUUUCAAAUGCUCGCGUCAAUCUCCAGCUGGAGUAAUUAGGGCUCUCCAAGCAUUUUCUAUGGUAGGCUACUAUGUUCCAUAUUUUUGUCAAUAAUGAGAAGUUUGUGCAACUAUGUUGAUGCUUUUCCAUUUGAAUGUUGUAGUUGACUUGUCCAGAAGUUUAUGCAGGCCAAACUUAUUUCGAUUUUA